AUGGAGGAAUGUGAAUUUAAAGAGCAUUUUCGAGUAAAUCGUAACACAUUUAAUUUCCUAGUUAAUGAAUUGCAUCCACAUUUAGGCAAAACUACCACAACUAUGCGAGAACCUAUUUCAGUAGUAAAACGUGUUGCAGUUGCAUUACAUUAUCUAGCUUCAUGUGAAGAGUAUCGUGUUGUGUCUAGCCUUUUUGGCAUAGGAAAGUCAACAGCAAAUUUAAUUGUUCAUGAAUUUAUUAAUGCUGUUCAUGACAUUUUGCUCCCUAAGUAUGUUAAAUUUCCAUUGUCAGUGGAAAAUUUAAAUAAACAUAGUAGAGAUUUCGAAGCUAUUCUUGGUUUUCCACAAUGCGUUGGAGCUGUUGAUGGAUGCCACAUCCCUAUUUCAGCCCCUAAAGAUCAAGCAACUUCUUAUUAUAAUUAUAAAGGGUGGUAUACCAUUGUACUUUUUGCCGUUGUAGACAGUCGAUACCGUUUCAUUUAUACAAGUGUUGGAUCGCCUGGUAGAAAUAAUGACAGCUAUAUUUUGCAGAAUUCUUCUUUAAAAGAAAUUUUAGAAUCAAAUCUAUUUGAUAAAUGUUGUAAAGAGCUGGGCGAUUCUCUUGUUCCACUAUGUUUGAUAGGUGAUUCAGCAUUUCCUUUAACGCGUCAUUUGUUAAAACCUUAUCCUGAAAAUUUGGAGCUUAGUGAAAUUCAAAAAAAUUUCAACAAAAUACUUUGCGGAGCUAGAAGAGUAGUUGAGAAUGCCUUUGGGCGCGUUAAAGCUCGAUUCCGUGUAAUUUGCAAACGUAUGGAAUGCGAUAUUAACUUUGCUACAAGAAUUGUUAAUGCUUGCGUCACUCUUCACAACAUUUGUGAAUAUUAUGACGAUAUUAUUAUAAUAGAAUGGCUUCUGCAUCAUCAUGAUGACAGUCUAGCUCAACCCAAUACAGUUUCUACAACUGGGAAUAAUGGACCAGGAAAAAAUGUUCGUGACUCAAUUGCUAAAUACCUUUAUGAAAGGGACAAGUAA